UUGAUUGAUUUAUGACCCCCUUUGACAGGGGGCGGGACUAUCAAUCAAAAGCUGUACAAUCUGUCUAGGUUUGAGAAUCGUAUAUCAAGGGCUUUAGACAGCGAGUAUCCGGACCGUGCGUGUUUUACGAUGUGUCAAUCAGCUCGUUGUUAUUCCUGUGUGUGUGUGUGUGUUUUAUGUCAAGCCUAUGCUGUCAUGUUUAUUGCUGUCAAAAAUAAGUUUAUAGUUUUAGACUGCGUAGUUUCACAAGCGGACCUGUGCUGUCAGCGAUCUCUCUCUCUCUCGCCCCCACUGCGCGUCUCAAUACAGCCUGUCACACAGCGUGUGUGUUGUUGAAUCUAAAGUUUUGCAACAUCAAAAGUUUCUUUAAAGUCGUGCAAGAAUCAAAUAUAUAUAUAUAUAUAUAUAUAUAUUAGAUGUAACUGGUUAAACUUAAAGCCGAUAUUUUCUAUCGAACUAGUCUAUUUUCUGAUCAGACACAAUGUUUCUGAUGCUGAUAUUAUAUCAGUGUGUGUUUGUGUGGGGGUCGUGUGAUGUAAUCUUUGAAAGUUUAUGACCGAACCUUUAUUGGGGAGCGACAAGAGAUCUCCGGGAUCAGUUUGGAUGGAGCAGAGCUGGUAUACUCAAACCUGGUGCGAAAUUGUCUAAACUGGUAUUAACUAUUCCUGGUAAAUCGCGGAGAAGAGUGGACUGAACAAAAAAGACUGAUCAAACAGGCCGGUACCUUGGAACCUCCCGCAGCGUAACAAGGAAAUCUUGGGACAAAGAGACGCCGAGUGGCUCGUGCCGACCGUUUGGAUAUCAGAGGCAAAGUUUGGAUAUCGUUGCAAAAUAUAUAGCGGAUCUCCACGUUUAGGAUACAGACCACAACGCUUUGGACGUGUCUUUAAAAAAGAGAAAAAUCAGAGACUUUGUGGACUUGUCUGGGACAUUUUAAACAUUUUGUGACAUAUUGGAUUUAAAACAUUUCGGAUACUGGAUACCUGUGUUGAUUUGUCCACAGAGCUGGUCGCUUUUUAAAAUCACAUGGGUAAGUGACUAUUAUAAAUUGUUUUGCUGUUGUUUUAAACUUGUGUUCUUAAUACCUUUUGGUUAUUUUUUCAUCGUUUAUUUAAACCGUUUUUAUACUCAUUUUGGUUUAGAGUUUUUUUCAUUGUUUUAAAUAUAUUGUUUGUUUUUGAUAUUUUAUACUCGUUAUAUUUUUUGGUUUAGUUUUAUUGUGUUUACAUUGUUUGAUUAUUUGAAUAUUUUGGGGUUUCACAGUGUUUCCGAAUAUUGUGGUAAAAUGGCCCAAAAACGUUAUUCCGACUCUGGUUGUGACCAGGCGAAUAAAAUUAUAAGGCGCGAUUAAUCCACGUUUGAUAUAUUUGAUUAUGAAUUGGGAAUGCAAAUACUGAUAGAAACUGUCAGAGCCAUGAACGGAAAUCAAAGUAAUGUAGACGGAUUCGCAGACUUGAUAAGUAUGGUCGAUCCCCGUUCACAGCCCCCUCCAGAGCCGAGUAUGGUCUUAGAUCCUGAUGUUUUAAAUACGCAUCAGGUUUUUGAGAUUCCAGAAGAUGGUUUAAUAAAUCAGCAGAUUGAACCUGGAACUUCAGAUACUGGUUUCAUCAAUAAUCAAAUUGAACCACAGGUUCCAGGUUCUGAUCUAAACGAUCAUCAGGUUCUCGACGGGGCAUCUGAGAAUUUACAUGUUCAACACGGUGGUGAGGGGUCGGACGAUCCCCAUCAUAAUUCUGAAAUGGCUGAUAUGGGUCUAACCCCCGACGAUGUUGAGAGGCUUGUGAGAGACGGAGGUGAAUUUAAUGGUUAUACCGUCGUUCCUCGUACAAGAUUUAACAGUCUGGAAAUACUUAGGAAUAUAAAUCUGAGGGCAAUAGCUUCUACAGAUAUGGCAUCCUACGUUCUAUUUCUGGAUGGCAUUCUAAACGAUAUAGUCUCAAUAUCUAGAAUAUUAGGUGGCGAUGGGGGGGGUAAUAAAUGUAAUAAUAAGAGGAGAGUCAUUAAUGUCGGACAUAAAUGCGAUGCUUACGCCCGCCAACGAUUAUAGCGUUUCCGCGCUGUCAGACCAACUUGAAAGAGUCAUGCAAAGCAACAGGGCCGUGCGCGUUGAUGAUAAUCUGAUGUUAAAUGUGUCUAUUGCCAGAAGCAAAAACGGCGGUGGUGGUGCUCGCAGAAAAUUCCGCGAUCUAGCACACAACGAGGUUAUAAAAAGAAAUAGAAUGAAUCUUUUUUGCCCUACAAAUAUGUCUGACAAGCUAUGCUUUGCACUUUGUCUGGCACACUUUUUGAACCCCCAAAAAACAGACCCUGAAUUAGUGCCCAUAGCUGCUUCCAUUCAAAAGAACGCUGGAUUUUCAAGCCAUGACAUGAUACGCUUUAAUGACGUCGCAUUGUUUGAGAGAUUGUUAAACAUCAAAAUUGUAGUUUUCCACAGAUCAAGCACCGGUGCAUUGGAAAAAUACAUGACCAAAGAUAAGCCCCACUACAAGACGGUCUUUCUCUAUCUGUCCGAUAGUCAUUAUUUCAUGAUAAAAAAUUUGAGGGCUUUUAUCGGGUGUAAAUACGUCUGCGACUAUUGCUACAACGGCUUUUCAAAUAAAAGAGAUCACAGAUGCAGAUACGCCUGUGACAUAUGCAAUGCCCCCGACUGCUACAAACACCCCGCGAAGACGAUACACUGUGGUGAUUGUUUGAGGUACUGCAAAUCAGAAUAUUGUUAUGAAAUGCAUAAAAAACCACCACUGAGUCAGCAGUUUUCCCAGUGUGACGUGACCAAAUACUGUCCAACAUGUAAUCGACGCUAUUACAUUAGCGGUGACAAACCAAAGCCACACAAAUGCAUGCCAGAGAAGUGCAUGCAUUGUGGCGUAGAGUUGACACCCGAUGGGGCUCAUCAGUGCUUUAUUCAGCCCUUAAGGCUCGAGACCCCCAGUGAGAAAUACAUCUUCUAUGAUUUUGAGACGCGUUACGAGGGUGGUAAGCAUGUUGCAAAUUUUGUAUGCGCCAUCACUUUUGCGGGUGAAGAAUUCACAGCAGAGGGCACUGACUGCGUUGCGCAGCUCGUGCAGAGAUUCAGACACCCCAGGUACACCAACUACACGUGGAUAGCCCACAACGCUUCCGGCUUUGACAAUUUUAUUCUUUUGGAAUAUUUCACAAAGGUGGGGCUCACUCUUAAAAUUACGAUGCAAGGCUGUCGUUUGAUAUUAAUGUUUGACGAAAGUUUCAAACAAAGAUUUCUCGACAGUUUCUCAUUUCUCCCGAUGCGGCUAGCCAAGACGGCAUCUGCCAUGAAUCUGACCUGUGCAGAGAAGGGUUAUUUUCCACAUCACUUUAACCGGGUGGAGAAUGAAAACUACAUAGGUCCAUAUCCGGACAAAAAAAUGUACGGAUAUGACACAAUGUCAGAGAAGGAGAGGGAACAGUUUGAUGAAUGGUACAAGACCGUAGAGGGUGAAGUCUUUGACUUUAAAAAAAAGCUGGCGCUUUACGGCAAGAAUGAUGUUGUUUUGUUGAGAGAGGCGUGCAUGAAAUAUCGUGAUGAGUUUAUACAAUGCACAGCACUUGACCCCUUCAGAUACACAACUCUGGCAUCGUGCUGCAUGGCAGUGUACAAGACCCAUUACCUGCAGAGAGACACACUAGCGUUGACGCACAACGGCGCCUACCUGACUAAAAACAAAGCCUAUUCAAACGCCUCCAUCGAAUGGCUUGAAUAUGUCAGCCAUUCGCGCGGGGUCGAUGUCCAGCACGCGUUAAAUCGUGGCGAGAUGUCGUUCGGAUCCUACCAUCUGGACGGUUAUUACGUCAAUAACGGCCAAAAUCAAAACCAAAAUCAUAUUCAUAAUAAUAUUCAUAAUGAAAGACACGCUCUGGAAUUCCUUGGUUGUAUGUGGCACAGUCACUCAUGCAAAUUUAAAGAAUAUGACAUUCAUCCUGUGACAAAAUUGACGCACGCUGUACACAGAAGACAGCAUGAGGCCAAAAUGGAGGUUUUGGAGAAGGGGUAUGGGUUGAAUGUUGAGGUGAUGUGGGAGUGUGAAUGGAACGCUGCUAAGCAGACUGAUCCUGACGUAAUAGCGUUUAUGGCCACUUACACGCACCCCGAGAGACUGAAACCCCGCGACGCUCUAUUUGGAGGUCGUACUAACGCGUACAAACUCUAUCAUAAAGCCGCUGAAGGUGAGAAAAUCAGAUAUGUUGAUUUUACAAGUCUGUACCCCUUCUGUCAGGCCAAGAAGUGCUACCCGAUAGGACAUCCCCAGAUAAUUUUAAAGGAUUUUGAACCCCUUGAAAAUUAUUACGGGCUUAUCAAAGCAUCAGUGUUACCCCCAAGAAAACUGUUGCACCCCGUGCUCCCAUACAGAGCCAAUAAUAAACUAAAUUUCCCUCUCUGCGCAACCUGCUGUGAGCAGCAGAAUCAGUCUACCCCCUGCGAUCACACAGAUGAGCAGCGAGCGCUUUCAGGGUGUUGGGUCAGUCUCGAGCUGUUAAAGGCUAUCGAGAAGGGUUACGUCGUGACAAAAGUGGAUGAAGUGUGGCAUUUUCCCCAAUCCUCAGAGACCUUGUUUUGUGAAUAUGUCAAAACAUUUUUACAAUACAAGCAAGAGGCCAGUGGGUACCCCGCACACGUAGUGACAGAACAGGACAAACAGGCAUACAUUGCUGAUUACUUUGAGAAAGAGGGGAUACAAAUGAAUCCUGAUAAGAUAAGUCACAACCCCGCGAGGCGUUCUAUCAAUAAGCUGUUGCUAAACAGUUUGUGGGGUCGUUUUUCUAUGCGAGAAAAUCUCCCCAACACUGUGUUGCUCUCAGAUCCGGAAGAGUUUACGAGAUACAUUUUUGGCAUGGCGUACGAGAUUAAACACUUUUCGUUUGUGUCAGACAAGGUAGCUCUAGUGCAAUGGAUCCAUCCGGACGGCAAAGGCGCGCGCACGCGUGACAUAAACAUAUUUCUCGGCGCCUUUACUACAGCCCACGCGCGUCUAGAAUUGUAUGAUCUUAUGGACAGGCUCAAUGAGCGUGUGCUUUACAGCGAUACAGACAGCGUGAUUUUCACGUCUAAAGACGGCGACUGGGAUCCACCGCUGGGGCCGUAUCUAGGUAAUUUGACUGAUGAAAUUGGGGAUGAUGAUUUUGCGGUCGAGUUUGUGUCGUGCGGGCCAAAAACAUACGCAUACCGCACCGCAAAGGGGCGCACGGUCCUAAAGGCCAAAGGCAUCGUGCAAAAUUAUACAAACUCCCAAAUUAUCACAUUAGACACACUGGUUGAUCUUGUCCGUGAUUAUGUUAAUGAGGGUGAUCCUGACAGACACGUGCUAGCCUCUGCUGACAGCAUUGUGAGAAAUAAAAGACACCUCACGCUCCACAACAAAACAGUUGUGAAGAAGUUUAAGCUCGUAUACAACAAGCGAGUAAUAAACAAAAAAGAAUUGACAACGUUUCCGUAUGGAUUUUGAUAACGUUUUUGGGCAUAAAGGUGUACGGGAUGCUAAAGGCCACGACUUUAGGCUACAGCAUCCCUUCUCUUUAAUUGUAGCAGGACCAUCCAAUAGUGGGAAAUCAAUCUUUGUUAAGAUGUUGUUGGAAAAUGCUGUAAAUCUGAUUUCUGAAAAGAUUGAGAAUAUUGUAAUUAUAUAUGAAUGUUGGCAAAAAAUGUAUGAAGAAAUAUCAAAAAUGUACAAAAUUAAAUUCAUUGAAGGGAUACCGCAGACUCUGAAUGACGACCAUUUGUUUCCUGUUAAUAAAACAUCUCUGCUAAUUCUAGACGAUGUCAUGCGUGAUGCUUCUGGAAACAUCGAAGUGGAAAAGGCAUUCACUCAGUAUGUACACCACAGAAACUUGAGCGUUAUUUAUAUUGUACAGAAUUUAUUUUGCCAGGGAAAGUCGAGCAGGACAAUAGCUUUGAACACAAAUUAUCUAAUUCUUUUUAAAAACCCCAGAGACACAAAUCAGGUCAUGGUUCUAGCCAGACAGAUGUACCCCGGAGAAACAAAAUAUUUUAUGGAGGCUUACAAAGACGCCACCAGUCAGCCUUUUGGUUAUCUUAUGAUUGACUAUAAAGCCAAAACACCGGAGCUGUAUCGUCUCAGAACAGAUUUGCUUUCACCGUAUCCAGUGGUG